UCACUCCAGAGGAUUUGAAGAUUUUUCUAAUAAAUAUUCAUAGCAUAAACAUUGAGAGGAUGGACCACUACAAUGUGGUCCUACUUGUUGAAGAUAAAUGGAAAAGUCAGCAGCCGCUCGAGGAUGUGCUGAAAAACAAAAUGAUUCCAGACGGCUUUCAGCAGCUGUUCUGGAAUGAUACUAAGCAUGUGUCGCUAAAAGGACGCAAGAUUCCAAAUAGACUAAAGUCUAUUAUUGUUGGCCAUUGGACUGACAGUGGUUCCAUGAAAGCAGGAAGUUUCCACUUUGACUCUUGUGAUAAGAUAACAAAUGUUUUCUCACACGAAGGAGAAAUGGAGGGUGAAUACCCAAGAGAAUUAUUCGAGUUUCUGUUGAGACAUUUCUCGAACCCAGAGGCUUGGGUUUAUGGUCUCAACGUAACACCUGGGUCGUUUGUUCGUGCUUGCAUGGAACUUGGGCGGAAAUGUCUCAACGUAAGUGACGAUCCACGUUCGGAUUCGCGCCUAAUUCAAAAGGGUCUUACACGUAAAGAUACCGAAGAUAUCGUGGAGGACAGCGAACUAGAAGAGGAAGAGGAGAAGAAUGAGGAGGAAGAUUCAACGCAAGACCAGGAAACCCCACAGGAAGAUCCAAACAGCCAAAUCGUGUAUUAGUAAUGAGUAGAGCCUUUAAYGUGCUGACACACGGUGCAACAUUGCACGCAACAUUGCAAGCAACAAAUUUGAAUCAGGGUGACACACAUUGCAACAAAAUCACGCAACAUCGCUUGUAUCAGCCUGCUAUGUUAAGAUAUUUGGUCAGCAGUUAUAAAUUUGGUGCAAGCUGAUUGGCUGGAAAUUUCAAAAUGUUGCAGGAAAUGUUUCAAUUUCCAUAUGAUGAAAUUGCACUGUUGCAUGAGUAGAGCGUGAUUCAACUUCAGAUUUGUUGCAUGCAACAAGUUUGGGGUAGACACGCGGUGCUACAGUCCGGUUUCGUGCAAUUUUGCACCGUGUGUCAGCACCUUUACAUUUAACCCAUGAAACAKGUAGUGAGAUUCUACACACAACCACAUAGUAACAUUAUAUGUCAUGGAAUAUUUAUGAAAUCUCAGAUUUAUUUUCUAGUACCCAUUCUCCUCUCGGAUUUCAAUAUGGCAGUCGUGUUCUUCUUAGCCGAUUAUAUCU